AUGCCUAGGUCAUGCAAAUCAAUUCGGUCUGUGAUCCUUCACUUCUAUUUGCUAAUGAAGCCUCAUAACAAUGUAUUGCCUCCCAUAGAACUCGAAGUGACUAAGUUUGGCGAUGGGCACAAUUUCAAUUUGAUUUUUGGUGUUCCGGGGAUUGCUGUCAUGAGGAAAUCUUCUCAUGCUUUGUGUAAAUCUGUUCUUUGA